AUGAAUAACUCGCAACCGGCUCGUCGUGGCCGUCCUCCAAUCCAAGAUGGGCAAGACGUGGUCGGUAGUCAGCAGGUCAGUGUGUGGGUGACAAGAAGACCCUGCUUCGCCACCACUAAGAAGCUAACGAGAGCUCUCUCGCUCCAGAAGAAGAAGCUAGGGAUGCGUCUUGCACAGAGGUCGUACCGCGCCCGGAAGCAAGAGGCUCAAGAAUCCCAAAGGAUCCGGGCUGAAGCGUUUAGCCGCGCUCUAGACAACGCAUUGGCAACCUUUUCCACACUCCAUCGGCGUAUUCUCGAUACCUCGCAGGCUCGAAACUUGCCGGAUGUUCUUUUUCAUCUGAACGAUGCUGUGGGACAAAUGACUGCCAUUGCAUCUAGCACAAAUAAGGUGUUGCCCUUGAUGCAUGCCCCGGAUGAUUUAGUCACUAGCUUUCGUCAAGAGACACCUGGAGUGCUGGCUCCACAUCAGUCAGCCACCGUAGACUCCGGGACUAUGACCAUAUCUCUACGAACGACUGCUUCCAAACAGAUUCCAGUGCCAGCAAGGCUCUUUCAAGCCUGCUUCGAACGUGUUGUGUCCAUCUUAUCUAACAGCACGAUAGAUGGGAGCCAUCUCUCAGCCUUGACUCUUCCUCUUCAGUUGUUAGGUGUAGAGCUCCUAAUGGUCAAUUCUCUUCGAGGCCUGUCGCUAUUUCCUGCUUCCGUGGGUGAUUUUAAGUAUCCGCUGCACUCCGCCCCCCGGCUCCCGAACAUGUACCGCGUUGUUGAAGGUGAGACCAAAGCCGUGUUCAGAAUGCCAGCUCCGUCCUUGCAGCGGAUCGUGAGAGGCAAAACAAGGACAAUACUAGACACAAAUCUUGCGCACCUCCAGGGAGAAUGGCUUGAGGCUAUGGAUUUAGAGGAGUACCUGGAAGAGCGGGGAAUCUAUAUGUACAACACUGUUACGAGCGACACAGCAACUACAGGUGACACCAUGAAUCAACCGUCUGUCCCAGGUAGUGAGCAGAGCAUAUCCAUGGAGCAAAGCGCCCCUGUGUCUUCAUCAGCUGGUUUUCCUGGCCAUGAACCAGCAGACUAUCUGGUUUUCGGGCUUGCGGGGCCGAGACAAUGGCUGCGUUCUGCCAGCAGCCAGAUCCAUUCAAGCGCUAUACCCGGUGACCUACAGUCGGACUUCAGUCAACAGACCACCCAGGGUACCGAAAAAGCCUCCCGGGUAACUGUCGACCUUGACAAGCUCGUGCAUAUGCUCGCGGAAAACGCCACGUGUCUUGGUCCUGCUCCAGGAAUACGAAAAGCUGACGUGGACGCCUCGAUUCGGGGAUCUAUCACUUUAUCUUGA